AUGAUUAAAUAUCCCGAUCCUUUCAGCUUUGGAUUUGGCACUGGCCGCGGAGGUAAAAGCAGCUACAAUAAGGGUGGUGCUUCUGCCGGAUUUGGAUUUGGGGGCGCAAGCGCAGGCAUCGGCUUUGGUGGAUCAGACAACCUUAAAGGCAGCGUUGGCGGUUCCAGUGGACCAAGCGCUGGCAUCGGGUUUGGUGGAUCAAGCGCUGGCGUCGGCCUCAGUGGAUCAGACAGUGCCAAGGGCGGCCUAGAAGGAGCUAGCGCUGGCAUCGGCUUCAGUGGAUCAGACAGCGCCAAGGGCAGUCUUGAGGGCGCAAGCGCUGGCAUCGGCCUGUCAGGUUCUGACAACCUUAAAGGCACCGUUGGCGGUUCCAGUGGAGCAAGCGCUGGCAUCGGUUUUGGUGGAUCAAGCGCUGGUAUCGGGUUUGGUGGAUCAAGCGCUGGCGUUGGCCUCAGUGGAUCAGAGAGUGCCAAGGGCGGCCUAGGAGGAGCUAGCGCUGGCAUCGGCUUCAGUGGAUCAGACAGCGCCAAGGGCAGCCUUGAGGGUGCAAGCGCUGGCAUCGGCCUGUCAGGUUCUGACAACCUUAAAGGCAGCGUUGGUGGUUCCAGUGGAGCAAGCGCUGGCAUCGGUUUUGGUGGAUCAAGCGCUGGCAUCGGGUUUGGUGGAUCAAGCGCAGGUAUUGGCCUCAGUGGAUCAGACGGUGCCAAGGGCAGCCUAGAAGGAGCUAGCGCUGGCAUCGGGUUUGGUGGAUCAAGCGCUGGCGUUGGCCUCAGUGGAUCAGACAGUGCCAAGGGCAGCCUAGAAGGAGCUAGCGCUGGCAUCGGCUUCAGUGGAUCAGACAGCGCCAAGGGCAGUCUUGAGGGUGCAAGCGCUGGCAUCGGCCUGUCAGGUUCUGACAACCUUAAAGGCAGCGUUGGCGUUUCCAGUGGAGCAAGCGCUGGCAUCGGUUUUGGUGGAUCAAGCGCUGGUAUCGGGUUUGGUGGAUCAAGCGCUGGCGUUGGCCUCAGUGGAUCAGAGAGUGCCAAGGGGGGCCUAGGAGGAGCUAACGCUGGCAUCGGCUUCAGUGGAUCAGACAGCGCCAAGGGCAGUCUUGAGGGUGCAAGCGCUGGCAUCGGCCUGUCAGGUUCUGAUAACCUUAAAGGCAGCGUUGGUGGUUCCAGUGGAGCAAGCGCUGGCAUCGGUUUUGGUGGAUCAAGCGCUGGCAUCGGGUUUGGUGGAUCAAGCGCAGGUAUUGGCCUCAGUGGAUCAGACGGUGCCAAGGGCAGCCUAGAAGGAGCUAGCGCUGGCAUCGGCUAUGGUGGAUCAAGCGCUGGUAUCGGUUUUGGUGGAUCAGGCGCUGGCAUCGGGUUUGGUGGAUCAAGCGCUGGCGUUGGCCUCAGUGGAUCAGAGAGUGCCAAGGGCGGCCUAGAAGGAGCUAGCGCUGGCAUCGGCUUCAGUGGAUCAGACAGCGCCAAGGGCAGUCUUGAGGGUGCAAGCGCUGGCAUCGGCCUGUCAGGUUCUGACAACCUUAAAGGCAGCGUUGGUGGUUCCAGUGGAGCAAGCGCUGGCAUCGGUUUUGGUGGAUCAAGCGCUGGUAUCGGGUUUGGUGGAUCAAGCGCAGGUAUUGGCCUCAGUGGAUCAGACGGUGCCAAGGGCAGCCUAGAAGGAGCUAGCGCUGGCAUCGGCUUCAGUGGAUCAGACAGCGCCAAGGGCAGUCUUGAAGGCGCAAGCGCUGGCAUCGGUUUUGGUGGAUCAAGCGCUGGAAUUGGCUACAGUGGAUCAGACGGUGCCAAGGGCAGCCUGGAAGGAGCUAGCGCUGGCAUCGGCUUCAGUGGAUCAAGCGCUGGUACCGGUUUUGGUGGAUCAAGCGCUGGAAUUGGCUUCAGUGGAUCAGACAGUGCCAAGGACAGUUUUGAAGGCGCAAGCGCUGGUAUCGGUUUUGGUGGAUUAAGCGCUGUAACUGGCUUCAGUGGAUCAGACAGUGCCAAAGGCAGCCUUGAAGGAGCUAGCGCUGGCAUCGGCUUCAGUGGAUCAGACAGUGCCAAGGGCAGUCUUGAAGGUGCAAGCGCUGGCAUCGGCUAUGGUGGAUCAAGCGCUGGUAUCGGUUUCGUAGGCUCCAACAAAGUCCAGGGAAGUCUUGAGGGUGCAAGCUCUGGAGUUUUGUCUGGCAAUAUUGAAAGUUCAAAGGACAAGGUCGAAGUGGUAAGCCAAAAAUUGGAAGGUCAAUCAAGCGGCAGUAUUGUUAGCUCAGAAAACAGCCACGCCAGUCUUGAAGGAUCCCAUGAAAAUCAAGUAAGCGGACAAGAAAGCCAUUUGCAGGUGAGCGAAGGUGCUCUCGAAGGUCAGGCCCACUCAAGCCAUGUUGCAAAUCAAAAACAUGAAAGUCAUUACCAACAGUCUUUUGAACUUCAUAAAAACCAAAAGCUUGAAGGCCAAUCAAGUGGAAGCAUUGUAGGCUCUGAAAGCAGCCAGAGCAACAUUAAAGGAUCUCUUGUAGGACAAGCCCACGAAAGUCAAGUAGGCCAAGAAGUAGUUGUUGGUCAGCAAAUCGUAAAUGUUGAAUCUAGUCAGAGCAACUUGGAAGGAGCUGUCGCUGGUGAUAUUCACGAUAGCCAAAAACUUGCAGGUCAAUCCAGCGGCAGUCUGCAAGUAUCCGGAAGCUACAACAACCUUGGGGCCGUCUCUGGUCAAACUUACGAAAGCCAAAAACUCGAAAGUCAAUCCAGUGGCAACCUCCAAGUAUCCGGAAGCAACAGCAACCUCGAAGGAGCGGUCUCUGGCCAAGUGCAAGAGAGCCAAAAACUUGAAGGUGAAUUGAGCGGAGCUUCUCUAGUAUCCGAAAGCCACAGUAACCUUGGUGCUGUCUCAGGUCUGGCUCAAGAAAGCCAAAAACUUGAGGGUCAAUCCAGCGGCAAUCUUCAAGUCUCCGAAAGCCACGGUAACCUUCAAGGGUCUCUUGUGGGUCAGGUGCAAAAAGUUCAAGGAGAAGUUAGCCAGGGUCAUGGAGCAGCUUGGCAAGUAAGCCAGGGAGUCGUCUCAGGCCAAACUGUAGUUAGCGGCGCUAGCGUGGAAAGUAACAAGGGAAGUCUCGAGGGACAACUCUCAGGUCAAACACAAAACCAUGGCGUCCUCGUCGGUUCCCUCGGAGGUCAGGUAUCCGAAAUCCACGAUGAACAAGCGAAUCUCGCUCAAGGACACAAGAAAGAAAGCAGCCUGCAAAUCAGCCAAGGAGCUGUCGAGAGCCAGGGUCACUUGAGCGGUGGGCUCGUCAGCGGUGGUAUCGUGAGCGGCAGCCAAAACCUGGAAGGAUCACUCGCUGGCCAGAGCCAUAGCGUGGUCUCCCAGUCUAGCCAAACUGUCGGAAGCGGCUCCCUCGUCAGUGGCAGCCAAAACCUCGGUGGUCAUAACGUGGUCUCCGAGUCCAGCCACUCCAGCGGAGGCGGACUCGUCGGCGGCGAGCACAGCAGCAGCCACAAGUUCUCGGUCUCAUCCACCCACGGCCAAACUUCCCACUCCAACAGCGAAUGGCACGGCAGCACCAGCGGCUCCGUCCACGGAGGCGCCAGCGGCUCCGCCCACGGCAGCGCCAGCAGCUCCGUCCACGGCAGCGCCAGCUCCCUGCUCGGUGGUGCCAGCGGCGUCAAGGUCACUGGCAAGCCCAAGACCCACUCCUCCAGCUACGGCAUCAAAUCCACUUGGUCCGUCUUGUAA